CUGCAGCCAGCUUACAAAGGUAUAUGGGCAAUAGGCAGCGGCGCAGAAGCUUCACAUAAAAAGCUGUUACUUCCCCAAAGUCUUGAAAUUUACAUUCUCGAGUAUUUUCUUUCUCUUGUCAAUUUCGGUCACAAAUGAGUUCCAGCAUGGCUAAAAAAUCCAACGUUCAAGUAUUGCACAUGAGUCUACCUCGGACCGGUAGCUUCUUCAUGAAGGCUGCAUACGAAGAGCUUGGAAUGCCUACUUACCACGGAUUCGUAUAUAUUGAGAGACCUGAAGAUCAUCUCCGCUGGUUCGAUGCAGUGCAAGCCAAGUACUACGGGAAGGGCAAGCCCUUCACAGCUGAAGAUUUUGAUGAUUUAGUGGGAGACUGGGCUGUCGUCUCAGAUAACCCAGCGAUUGGCUUUGUGGAGGAGCUUCUCAAAACUUAUCCCGAGGCCAAAGUUGCGCUUGUCGAUCGAGAUUCGAACAAGUGGUACAAGUCAUAUGACGAAGGUGUCAUCAGGUCUUUCUUUACCUGGAAGAUGUGGGCUGUCCUCAAUCUCAUUGAGCCUCUCCAAAUUCUGAAGCCCGUCACUGUUACGCGGGAUCUACAAUACGCAAUAUUUCGAUGUAAGAAUCAAGCGGAAUGGCAAAGGAACGCCAAGAUGAUAUGCCAGGAACAUUCCGAGAAGAUUAGGGAGCUUGUCCCUAAGGACCGUCUCUUGGAGUACAAGCUUGGGUCUGGGUGGGAGCCUUUGUGCAAGUUCCUCGAUAAGGAAAUACCGGAAAAGGCUUUUCCGCAUCUUAAUGAUGGUAAAGAAUUCGAGCUGUGGAUGAAUAAUUUCCAACGGAGGGAGGUGAGGAGAGGACUGAUGGCUGCGGCGAGGUAUCUGGUCGUGCCGGUAGCUGCCUCUGGUAUCGCGUUGGCGUUUAUGAAAAUCUGGAGGUCCUGGACAUGAUAUUUGGUCAAACUCUGCGUCAGGAUUACCUUGGACGCCGAAGGUUGUUUCGGGGCCGGGCCACAUCGUCGAGAUGAGGACGAAAGGGCCGGCGUAUUACGCCGAUAGCGCCUGCUCAGAUUCCUCACGCUGUAUGUGAUCUAUGGGGCGCCGCUAGCUUCUUACUCGGAAUGACAGAAACCUUUACAAAUCCA